CAAAAUAUCUACGUCGGUUCAAUGAAUAUGAAACGUAUGUAUAUAAAUAAAAUACAACAAAUGUGAACUGAACUUAAUUUGUAAAUCUAUUUAGUCUGUUAGCCUUUUACGAUUUUAUUUUUUAAUACACAAAGUGAAUUUAAUCGAACCAGGAAGUGCUAUUCGUCUGUACAAAUGAACAAAAACUACGAACGCUGUACCCAUUGUAAUCGUCGCAAGUGGCUAACGACGGGAUGUCUUCGAAAAUGGCUAAAACCGAUGGAAUGCAAACAUUUACAACGAACUAUCGAUACCAAAAGGGAUUACACUAAUGCUGACAUAGUUCAUUGUGUGUUUUUACCUGAACGAAAACCCCCAAUGAACCCUAGUAAGUUCGUGAAGUUUUGGAAAAACAAGCUGUUUAUUUCUGGCAGCGUGCGAUCUCUCCAAAGAUAUUUCGGCAAUAAAAACAAUGAUGAGGAUCACAUAUGCAACAUUACUAAGAACAAAUAUAGUGAACCCUCUACAUCACUGGAAAAGAGUCCAGUAUCAUUAACUGAUAGUGACGAUAAGAAAGUCGUUGAAUAUAAUAAACAAGUAACGAGGUGUCAACAUUCAGACGGUCACUCAGUUCUUAGAGGACACCAUCAACAUGCAUCACUUGAAACAUGUGCCAUAUACUGUCAACUGUCCAAGCAUGGAUGGUACUGGGGUGGUAUAUCAUCCAGUGAGGCAGAGGAACUGUUAGCAGGUCAACAUGAUAAUGUGUUUCUGGUGCGAGAUUCGUAUGACUCUCGCCAUAUUCUCUGCGUGUCUUUUCGCUGUGUAGGCCGCACACUCCAUGCUAGACUCCGACAUGCAAAUGGACUAUUCUCAUUGAACAAUGAAACAUUUGUGCCAGCAAAUAGGAUAUCAGAGCACUGUUCUGCUGUAGAUGUCAAAUCUAACCUUUUUGAAAUGCCAGUGAAGCUUGCAAGGCCAUUGAACAGAUUUGCAAGACUUGACUCACUUCAAAUGAUCUGCAGAUUUGUGAUACGGCAAACUGUGUCAGCGAAUAUAUGGAGCAAAUUACCACUCCCGCCUAAUUUGAUCUCUUAUGUGUCUACCGGCAGUGACUACAUAGUUGUUUCAUAGCUGAGACAAAGCAAUUAUUGUGCCUUCAAAUGUUCAAUGUACCAAUAUUGUAAGCCUACUCAUACUGAACUUUAUCAAAAUGUAAAAAGUAUUUAUACAUUUUUAUACAAAAACAUAUUAUUAUAUUUUAAUAUUAAUGUCAUGUGUAUUGUUAUGUACGGAUUUGUUAUGCAUGUGGUGUAAUAUUAGUAAUUCUAGGUCAUGAAAAAUGCAGAAAUCUUUGGUAAAUAACUAUAUUGUACUAAGCCAAGUAAAUUAACAAUACUGCAGUCAAGAAAAUUAUUAUGUACCCAUCCUUCAGUUGAAAGUGCCCAUAUUUUCUUAUAUAAUAUAAUCUUCGAAUUAC